UUUAAGUUGCCAAAUGGUGUCACCUAUCACACUGGAACAUACCAAGACAGAUUAGGAAAGCUGCAAGAACAUCUUCGUCAACUGUCAAUACUCUUCAGAAAAUUAAGAUUAGUCUAUGACAAAUGCAAUGAAAACUGUGCAGGGCUUGAUCCUGUCCCCAUAGAGCAACUUAUUCCAUAUAUUGAAGAAGAUGGAUCCAAGCAUGAUGAUCAUGGGGCUGCCAGCCAGCUUCGUUUUGCUAGUGAAGAGAGAAGGGAAAUCAUGGAAGUAAAUAAGAAACUGAAACAGAAGAAUCAGCAGCUGAAACAAAUUAUGGAUCAAUUACGGAAUCUCAUUUGGGAUAUAAAUGCCAUGUUGGCAAUGAGGAACUGAACUGUGAUGCACACUAAGUAUUUUUUUUCUAAUUAUGAAAAUUGCAUUUCUUUCUUUGUUUGAAAAUAUUUAAUCUCUUUUUUUCUAAGAAGUCAUUCAUUUUCCCCCUUUCCCCCUUUAUCCUAGUGUUGUUAGAAGAAAAUCUUUAAUGUUCAUGUGUGGCUUCUUCUGUGAUAUUUAUGUUGUGUGUGUGUGUAUUUGUUUAAAAGAAUCAUCUUAAAAUGUGUAUGCAAAAUAAAUAUCUUAAUAACAAGUUGUAAUAUUUUA